UAUUUUUUUUAAAUGAAAACAAAAACAGAAAAAGGAAGAGUUAGAAUUUGCUUUCUCUUUCUCGAUCCCUCUCUCUCAAAAUCGCUGUUCCUCUCUCACCCACCGCCACCGGCCGCCGCUCUCAAUCCCUCUCUCACUGCUCUCAAUCUCUCUCCCUCACCUCGCCGUAACGCCGUUCAAUCUUCCGCCGCAGCCGCACCACUGCUCAGCUCACCGCGCCGCACCACACCGCACCGCACUCACUCUUUCUCUUCGUCUCGUUUCAGAACGAUCAGAAACAUGAUACUCGCGGUGCUGUUUGCCAACGCUGAGGGCAACAUCCUCAUCGAACGUUUUCAUGGAGUUCCUGCGGAGGAACGCCUACACUGGCGUUCUUUCUUGGUCAAACUAGGAGCUGAUAAUCUUAAGGGUGUAAAAAAUGAAGAACUUCUAGUUGCUUGCCACAAGUCAGUUUAUAUUGUAUAUACAAUACUUGGAGAUGUCAGUAUAUACGUUGUGGGGAAGGACGCGUAUGAUGAACUUGCUUUGUCGGAGGUGAUCUUUACAAUAACCUCAGCUGUAAAGGAUGUAUGUGGGAAGCCCCCAACUGAGCGGCGUUUCCUUGAUAAGUAUGGAAGAAUUUGCUUGUGUUUGGAUGAAAUUGUGUGGAAGGGAUAUUUGGAAAAUACGGAAAAAGAUAGAAUCAAGAGAUUGAUAAGGUUGAAGCCUCCUACCGAGUUCUGAACAAGAAAUUCUGAGGCAAUCGUUAUAGAAUCAGCAAUUUGAGUCGUGUGGUGAGCAUCUUGUGACUUAGAAUGGCAUGUAACCAAAGCCAGGCAGAUAUUUUAUUCUCUACUAUGGUGCAGGCGAGGAUUUUGGCUGGCCACUGAAUACUUGUAUUAACAUUCUCAAAUUUAACCAUUGUUUUUUAUGUUGUAACAUGAGGAUUUUAUUCUAUAUUGUAACAUCUAUGUUUUUAUAUGAUUGCUGGAUGAGAUCCUUUUUGUUCCUA